AUGGCUCUCCCUCAGCCUUCCAAAUCGGAGAAGACGAUCCGCAAAAUAGACAUCGCUCAGGUAUCCCUUAGCCUGCAGGAUCGCUUGGGUCUUGCCAAGGUCAAGUACCAGAAUGGUCGUCUUCACGGCUUGGACCAGAAUGGUGGCCGAAACAGUCAGCUAGGAAGUGAUAAACCUUCCGACUCCUCUUCCGACAUCUCCCAGAGUCGAUGCGAGACCCCGAUAACCUCUCCCCCCUUACGGACCGCGAUGUACUCGAAAGAACUGCCCCGGUCGUCUCGCAAUAGACAUGCUGUGACCUUCGAUUCCAGAGUGAUGCAGCCGAUGUUGUCCGCCAGCCGAAAACGUCUCCGGUCGGAUUCAAUCGCAGAUCACCCUGCUAAAAUCCCCCGAUCGUCAUGGAAAAGCGCCUAUCAGCUGCCCGAAUCGUCCCCAGGCUUCAACCGUCACCUCGUGAAUCGUCAUCUUCCCUUUGUCGGUGAGACGGCUACAAUUCCGGAGUUAUCUUCUCCCGCAUACCAUCACCAGUCGGAUGAAGAUAACGAUCCGGACCUCCCAAUCCACAGCUUCCAGAAUGUGAGCUCCAUGGUGAGCUCCUCACCUCCUCGAACUCCACCGCCAAAGCAUGCUCGGUUAUCUCGAAAUGAUCGAACCACACGGCAUGAAGAUGGUGCGGAUCUGCUGCUCUAUCUAGCCAACUCCCCUACCCCAGCCAGUGUCGCUGCGAAGGCUCAUGGCCGGGAGUUUCCCCCAUCCACCCCGCCAAGUCAGCAUGCUGUUCUCCCUUCACUGACUCCAACACCUGGAGGUGGUGGCGUCUUCCCGAAUUUCAGUACUCCUAACCAGCAAUUCAAUUUCGCUGAUUUUGUAAAUGUGACACCUAGUCCAGCGCAACCUGCCUGGGGUGGCCGCACACCUGGAGGCCCUGCCAAGACCCCGCUAACAGCCAGGGACAGAAGAAGGUCUCACCUGGAGAACUUGUUGCCUCCCGGUGCAGAUAGCCCCAAGACGAGAGCCAAGCAAGCAGGCGUUGUCUUGCAACUUGGUGGAGAGCUGCGACCUUGA